AAAUAAACAAAAUGCAAUCGCAAAACUGGUCAAAAUGGCGUGCGACUACUUGUUUGUUAUUCUUUUUUGCUCUUUUUUGAAAGGUAAAUACACUCCUCAAUACACGUAGCUCGAAGAGGAGCUGCCGAAGGUGAACAGAUCUGAGACGCCAUGGCUGAUUGUGCUGAUGCAUUCUCCAUGGUACAACAGCUACAACUACCACUACAUGGAAGGAGAAACCAUGAGAGUUAUGUACGAGCCGUGGUUUGUCAAAUACAAAGUCGACGUCGUGUUUGCUGGCCAUGUACACGCCUAUGAACGAUCGGAACGCGUAUCUAACAUUGCGUAUAAUGUUGUGAAUGGAAUUUGUACACCGGUGAGAGACCAAUCGGCCCCUGUUUAUAUAAUCAUUGGUGAUGGAGGAAAUCUUGAAGGCCUCGCUACCAACAUGACAGAGCACAGCCGAAAUACUCGGCGUUCCGGGAGGCGAGCUUUGGACAUGCGACAUUCGCUAUAAAGAAUAGGACACACGCGUACUACAGCUGGCACCGGAACCACGAUGGGGUCGUGGUGGAAGCCAACUCCAUGUGGUUCUUCAACAGGUACUGACAUUCUAUCGACGAUUCUACUGCUACCACUGCUCAAUAAUAAUAAUAGUAAUUUGUUAUAGGGUAUUGUAUUUCCGACUGUAGUUGCUAUGCUGCUUUGUAAGAAAGCAGUACAAAUUUCUGGAUAUUUUUUAAAAAUAUCUAAAGGAAAUGCUUAUUUCCGACUAUUGAACUAUUGCUAUAUCUGUGGAACUCUAGUUUAA